AUGCCCCCACCUGCACCAGCUCAUCAGCAGCCGGCCCCUGGCCAAACCUACAACCCCACUGGGCGCAAGAAGGCGCUGCUCUGCGCGUGCAACUACAGGGGAAGCAGCUCUGAAUUGCGAGGAUGCAUCAACGAUGCACACUGUCUGCGGCAUCUUCUGACAUCGCGCUUCAAUUUCCGGGACAGCGACAUUGUGAUGUUGACAGACGACUCGCCCAAUCCCCAGGCCUGGCCCACAAGGGCCAACAUGCUCUAUCAGAUGCAGCUGCUCACCUGGAAUGCCCAGCCCGGCGAUUCCUUGGUGUUCCACUUCUCAGGGCAUGGAACCCAAAUCAGAGAUCAAUAUGGAGAUGAGAGCGAUGGGUUGAACGAGACCAUCUGCCCAUGCGACUUCAAGACGGCCGGCUACAUUGUUGAUGAUGAGAUGAAUCGACUGCUGGUGAAUCCACUGCCGCAUGGGGUGCGGCUGCAUGCAAUCAUCGACGCUUGCCACUCCGGGUCGGCUCUGGACCUCGAGUUCAAGUGCAAGGUUAAGGACACUGGCGUAAGAUGGAAGAAUGAAUACACACGCCGUACCAGCAUCUAUAAGGGGACAGCUGGCGGUGAGGCACUGCAGAUUGGCGCAGCCAGGGACAAGCAGACAGCAGCCGACACAGCAACUAUGUCUGGGAGUGUCAGCACCGGUGCAGCCACCUUUGCAUUCAUUCAGGCCAUAGAGAGACAGGGCACCCACAUCACAUACUUGCAGCUGCUCUAUUCCAUGAAUCAGGCGCUGGAGCAGCUUCAUGCAAGCACUGGGAACAGGCCGCCCAAGCUGCCUCCUAAAGUCGGCGGCCUCUUUGGCGGCCUUGUCAGCAAGGUGGUCAACGGGGCUCUCGACAUGGCGGGGCUCAGCGGACAGACUCCUGUGAUCUGCUCCAAUGUACCAUUCGAUCUGAAUCGCCCUGUGGCCCUGUGA